UCAAAAUGGCGGAGUUGUUGCUCGAUUCUGCCAUUCGAGUUUGGGUAAUUUUGCCUAUUGUAAUGAUAACAUUUUUUGUUGGAAUAAUCCGACAUUAUCUUUCUAUUCUUCUGCAAUCUAAUAAGAAGGUAGAACUAGAGCAAGUUAGUGAUGGUCAAGUGUUAUUAAGAAGCAAGUUGUUGAGAGAACAUGGCUCCUAUAUACCUCAACAGUCUUUCCAAAUGAGGAGGCAUUUUUUCAAUGAUGAAGAAGAGGGUUUUUUCAAAAUUCAGAAGAGAAAGGGAGCUGCAAAGAAUCCAAUGUCAGACCCAACUAUGAUGGUAGAUAUGGCAAAAGGAAACUUAACAAAUGUUUUACCAAUGAUCUUAAUAGGAGGGUGGAUUAAUUGGCAUUUUUCAGGAUUUAUCACAACCAAAGUUCCAUUUCCUUUGACUAUACGUUUCAAAGCAAUGCUUCAAAGAGGAAUUGAUCUGGCAUCACUUAAUGCUUCAUGGGUCAGUUCAGUUUCAUGGUAUUUUAUCAAUGUUUUUGGUCUACGCAGUAUGUAUUCGCUAGUCCUGGGUGAAAAUAAUGCGGCUGAUUCAACACGUGCUAUGCAAGAACAAAUGCAGAUGUCUGGUGCAGGUAUGCCUCCUGAUCCAGCUAAAGCCUUCAAGGCGGAGUGGGAAGCUCUUGAAAUAAUCACGCAUGAAUGGCGUUUAGACAAUGUUGAAGAGAAGUUAAUGAAGGAAUAUUCCAAUAAGACUGUUGCGCAAGAGAAAGACAAGCAUCUUUAAUAGUAUCUUCUGAAAAAUACUGUUGUAUUUUUUUUCCUUAAUGGACUUUCUAAGUGCUAUUAUAGGUCGCUAUUGUGUUAGUCAAUCCUUUUAAUUCUCUUUUUGAAGGAAUCUCCUUAAAACACUUCUGUUCUGUUCUUCUCACAAACCUGUUUCAAAUAACAAAAUAUUUUUUGUUCAACAUAUAGAAUAACAGGAAACGCGAACUAAAAAUCUUUAUAUUUAUCUCUUAAAUUUCAACUUGAAUAUUAGGCUAGAUUCAGACAAGUCCUACGUACCUUUUUUAUGCAUUUUUCACUGUUUAACAAUUUGAUUUAGACCACAUUAGAAUGAUUAGAUGCUUUUGUGCGCAAAUUAGCAAAGCCACUUAAAGCCAGAUAAAGAACUAAAGCCAGAUAAAAAAUUAAUUAUUCUCGAAAUUGCUGACUUAAUUCUAUAAUUAUUACCGGUAUGCUCUGAGUGUUCAUAUCUCGAGGGCUGGUUCCCAUGGCCAUGCACUGCUGCGUUUCUAAUCGACACGCACGUGAAAACUUAAAAUCCUCUAUACGUUUAAAACAAAUAUUAUACGUUAACAAAGGAAUCAUAUUUCACAAAACAAACCUAGCUCUAUUUUCCAACUACUCGGUUGGUUUAAAAGUAUAGAUUAAACGGAGUUAGAAUCUUACGUGCGUGCGUGUAAAGACUAUACUUAAAAAAAUUACGAGACAGCGACAACCUGUCCUUUGACUGUUACUAUUUUUUCCACAAUUAAAAAAGUUGUUGUAUAAUUAAUUUUAUGCCAGAAAAAACAUACCGAACCCAACAACACCACCAACAGAAACCAACCCAACUGACAUAAGUAUCAUUGAGUAUCUUAUAAUAUAAAUGAUUUCAAACUUUUACGUGCGUGUGCGUACGUGCAAAAAAAACGCGACUGUGGAAAGCAGCCCUUUACACAAGCUAGACAACUGCCGGAAAUCCCGAUAAGGCAUCAGUAUUUGAUUUGUUAUUGAAAUUAGUGAAAUUGUACAGCCAAUUAUACACUCAAAUUAAUACACUCGUAUAAUUUCAAAAGGCCAAAUUAUGCCUGAAGAAAAAUUCUUUACGAACUUGCAUUAUCCAUGCAGCUUCUCCGCUUUUGUUGGAGACUAUUAGAACUGGUAUUUUCAGUAUUUUUCGGGUUCAUUUCGUUUAAUCAGUACAGUAGGCCUAUAUGUUUGUAUUCCUAUUCCGUCGUUGAGCAACAAAUAUCAACCACCUCGUUAAAAUGUCAGGACUUUCUUAAACAUCUAGUUUACGGGAGAAAGAUUAGGCGUAAUUUACUACGUAUUUACUAUAUAUGCAUAUGUGUUUCGAUUCUAAAUUUCGUUUUUUCUUCAUUUGUUUUCGUCUGCAAUAUGCCAGGUUAAAAAACUAUUACAAACCGUUUUUACGAACACAGCUCGUCGACGCCACAGUCAGCGUCGUCUCUGAUCUUAUCUAAAUAUAGAAAAGGGGAGGGUUUAAACGCAAAACAGGAUAUUGGAACGGUUGCAGGUAUAAACCUCAGAAAGCGGGUAUUUUUAUACCCCAGUUAAAUAUCCGAAUAUAUAAGCCCCGAAGUAUAUUCAUAAUAAUUUUUUUCCAUAUAUAGGCAAAACAAGUUUUAAUUUCCUUCUGGUAUAAUGGAAUAUGUUUUUCAAUUAUUAAUAUAUUGUGCGUCUGAACAUUUUAAAAAAAUUGAAUUUAAUUCCGCAAUGGAUGGGGGUUAACCUCCACAACCUCGCUAAACAGCCGUAGCAAAAACCCGACACGCGAUCUUUUCGCAUUUUUACCCCGCUUUAUCGCGUUCUUACUCCCCUUGUCCAUACAUGUUUAAACAAUUUUACUCUUCACUCCGUUGCCCCUUUUUGGUGUCCGCCAUUCCGUCUCCGCCAUAGGAAAAAACCAGCCAAACUUAAGUUGCUAUUUAAUUACUAUAUUAUCAUGCAGUCUUCGUGUUAAAAUUGAUCAUAUAGUUAAUAUAUCUAUGGAUGAAUUAAUCGUGCGCUAAGUUGUAGAUUUGAAGAAUGUUCAGUUUGCCAUUUGCAGUUGUAGCCGUUAUAGCCAUGCAUAUAGGUCAAGAAGCUAUAUGAGCACACCACCACUUAAAGUACGCAUGCUCGUGCAAAGGAAGUUUUUCAAUGCAAUGCACUUUAAUUUCGAGGUUAUAUCCAACUGAUUCACAGGUUUUAAGCUAAUAGGAUUAUUGUUGGUAACUACAUGUUAACUGCUCAAUAGUUUACCUGAGUAAAAUCUAACAACUGGCUUACUGCUUACUGCCCACUAACACCGCACAAGGGGAUAUAACUAUAGUAAGGUUAUACUCAGGUUAUUUUGUUGUACGUGUUCCAGACGUCUUGUCCGGCUAAAAUCAUUUUUCGAUCUGUAAUACAUUUGUGGCUAACAGCCUGACGCCGCAUUGUCUUGUUGUUAUACGGGGUUGGAUCGUGUCCAACAAUAUUUAUACUUUGGUUUACAUCUUUGCUUUUGUAAAGGACACCAAGCUGACAUCACCACAUGUAAACCACAAUAUUGUUUUGCGUUUAGAAACAACUGAAUUAUUUAAUGCUUUAAUUCGAAUUAAUUUUUAAAUGAUAAUCUACAUUAUGUUUCACCAUAACGCCAAAAGCGAUGAUUCUCUCUCUUCUUUACGCUUUAAGUAGACAUUUAAGUGGGUCAUAUGGUACUUGACGCGAAACGUGAUGACAUGCAUUAAAUUGUUUCCAAGAAUAGCAGCUAUAGUUUUGUUACAAGCUAGUUUUUAAUGAUUGGAUCAAAGUUGUUUUACAUUCGCCUUUUAUUAAUAUAUUGUACUGUGGAAAUGCAACAAAGCAACUAUAAAAAUUGCAAAGCUAAUACUUGAAAGCAUGUGAUAAUUUUGCUUGUAUAAGACUUAAUGUUCCGGAACGAUGUCCAAAUAAACCGAAUUGCGUAUUCUAGCCAUAAAACUGAAUACUUUUAUAUACGUUAUGUAUUUACCAGAUUUGUUAUGAUUGUUCUACAACAGCUUAAAUCGUGAUAUACAUAAAGCAAGUUUCCUUAUAGCCUACUAGAAGUUUCCAUAUAAUAAUUAUUGUAUGUAUUAUUCAUGUAUCUCAUUACCGGUAAGAGUGGCCAUAAAGAAUAAACUUUUAAUAAAUUAUUAUAAUUUGCUAAAAGUGCUUUACUGGGAAGCAUGAUGUCGCCGGGUACCGUAAGUUUUAUUGCAGUUAUUUACUGUAGUAUAAUAGCAUAUUGUAGAGGUGAUAUAACUGCAUAUGUAAAAGAACAUUUAACGAAAGAAGCUUGUCUAAGCGUUCCACAAUUACCUGAUGUUUGUAACAUUCACUGGCAAAUAAGACAAAGUGAUGCGCGAAUCUACGAUGUAAUGAUUGCGUCUAUAAAUACAACGAUAUCGUCGAAAUUUUUGUAUGAAGGCCUAAGUGUAAGUGAUGCUAUGCACUGCAAAAAGAUGUACGAGAAUAUGAUGUGUAGGAACACCUUCCCUGUUUGUGAUGUUAAGAGGAUGGUCAUAGACCACGGUGAUGCUAGUGUUCGAUGCAAACUGGCGAAAGAAGCUUGUACAACGAUAUCAAUUGAAGGCUGUGGGUAUGAUUCAAAUGGUCAAGAAGAGCUUGUAACGGAGCAGAAUAAAUGUGAAAACAUUACAGUUAAUACAGAAAAACUUUGUCCCAAUACCAAUGUCAAGGUACCCAAACGAUACAAUGGAUUCAUUGCUAAAACAAAUGUUGAACGUUUGGCAAAGAUUGCGGAUAAGUUUGCAAAAGAGCUGCGGAACCACUCAAUAAUGGCCAGAUGCGAAAUGAAGUACAGAGAAGUUUUAUGUCGGCUGAUCGAUGCUUGUUCCCCUGAUAGUUUAUAUUAUCUCCAAUAUAUCAAUGACAAAGAUUGUGAAGAAAUGGUCGCAUGUGUAAAAUCUGCUGGUUUUUCUGAGGAAAUUACAUCAGUUUGUUCGACAGUUCUAAGCACUGAAGACAAAGAAGAGAUAUCUGUACGUAAUCCUUACGUUCAGGAAGGAAAAACCCGUUCAUCUACAACAGCGACUCCUAAGACUGCGUCUGACUCACCAUCAGGCUCACAGGCCAAGGAAAAGACAGAAGCAUCAUCCGAAGAAAUAGCCCGUUCAUCUGCAACAGCAACUCCUAAGACUGUGUCUGAUUCACCAUCAGGCCGACAGGCCACGGAAAAGACAGAAGAAACUUUGAUAGAACCUACACAAAAGGACGAAUCGAUUUUAAAUAACACUAUAUCGAAAGUUAAAAAUCAUAACCGUAAUAGUGGAACAGCAUUCAAGAUUUAUAAAACUCAGUAUUUGUUCACAGUGCUUUUUACACUUCUGAUCAGUUUAGCUUAGAAAACAGCUUGGAAAUUUUAAGUGUAUGCAGUCGUAGCAAACCAUGUAGGGGUAAUAGUGGUGGUUAUAGGUAGAAAACAAGAAAGCUAAACGUUUUCUUUUCGAUUAUAUAUCUUUUAAACGUACAAUCUAGGUGAUAAAAAUUCAUCCUCUCUUACGAGACGAGGAAUAGCUUAGUGCUUUGAAAAGCGCUGUGCUGAGCCAUUAAUAACGCACUGAAGGGGAAACAUAUAUAGAUGUUAGUCCCUGCAAAAGUAUGGGAAAAUACGCAUUUACAUCUCUGUACCACAAGUAAUGCAAACAAGAAGGUUUCUAUUAUCAGGUAUAAAUUUUAUAUAAGUGAAGAAUGGAAGCUCCCUUAGUUGAUCAUGAAGAUUUAAGAUUUUUCUUCUAUAAGAUUUGUUCUUUGAAUCUUUCCAUGCAGUGCGUCAGGUUUAAAUACAAUUAGUGAUUUUGUGGUAUAAAAUGUAAUUUAGAAUAUCAUAUGGGGUUAUAUAGAAUGUGUAGGUAUCGGUUCAGGUUUCUUCAAACACGUAAUUAUAUGAUUUAUGUAAUCAACGCACUAUAAAAUUUUGAUAGACUCCAGGAGAUCUGAAAUGGCGGGAAGGGGCUGGGACUAGUUGCUAAA